AUGGUGAACUGCGACCCCACGAGGCUGCCCGGCGCCUCCUGCCCCGAUCGCAUCCACCUCUCCCUGCCCGGCCCGCGGGCAGCGCUGCGGGCGCCCAAGUCGCGCGGCGGGGAUCCGCCCAGGGCGGAGGCCCGGCCCUGCCGGCUGGGGCCGCCAAGAUUGGCGCCGGGGCGAAGCGCCCUGCCGCCGGCGAGCCGGAGGAGGAGGCGGCGGCGUGUGGCCGUCGGAGCGGCUGGGGAUGACAGACACGAGUUCAACGAGUCCCAGUACAAAAGGUGA